UCAUCUCUCAUUAAAGUAUAUGGAGUUCUACAUUACACUAAUUAUCCUUCUAUUCCUAGGAAAAGCCAUAGGCUGCGAACCAACGGAUACCACCUUAGGAUUUGCGUCACAACCACUAAAUCGUUCCAAUUUUGACAUCCAAAAGCCAUAUAAUGUCCCGAUCAAUCAUCGAUACAAGUAUUCUAAUGGAGUCCAUAAGCUUUGGGUCAUCAAGACUGACAAACCGCACUCGAGAACCAGCAAAACGGGCCCUCGUACAGAGAUUAGAAUACGAGGUUAUGAUUAUUCUUCCGGUGUUUGGCAAUUCGAAGCAUACGGAUACGUGCCUUGUGGGACCACAGGUGUGAGCGUAAUGCAAAUAUUUGGUUCGAACCCACCUUAUGCAACAACCACAAUGUUAAGAGUUACUAAUAGUAGUCUUUACUAUUACACGCAUCCUGUUCUCAUUUCUAAUGUAUACAACAAGUGGUUUCGCUUAAAUGUUAUACACGACGUGGAAGGAAACACCGUUAAAGUUUAUAUAGACGGGGUUCUAAAACACGAAGCGACUGGGCGUGGCGGCAAAUCUCAUUAUUUCAAGUGUGGAGUCUAUACGGCAAAGGACGCCUCCUUCUAUACGGAAUCUCGCUGGAAAGAUAUUCGAAUCCUCAAAAUGCAUGAAUAAAUUUUUGAGACAAUGGUAUACUUUUGAUAUCAUUUAUUCACAUAUCUAUUAUCAACUCUUAGACCACGCGAUUCACGUAUAUCCGGAAAUA